AACAUUAAUUUUUAUGGACAAGUUUAUCUUGUUUUCACGUUUCUCAUAUAUAUAAAGCUACGUCUGGUUUCGCGUCGCGAUGUAUUUGUGAUUUGUACGUUAGUUUAUUGCCAGUAUUUUAAGGAUAAAUUCAAUUGGCUUCAAUGAAAACACGAAUGUUAAUUAUGUACUAAAGGAUACCUUUUUUCAAUGUUGAUUUGAAAAACACUACUGAUGAUGAAUAGUUACAGAAAAUGCAGCGUGUAUAUGACGAUAUUGAAUUCCCAUGCAACUUCGAUGAUUGGACAGCGCAAGAACAAAGUGACUGGAUGUAUCACAAUAUGACAAAUUUAUAUAAAAACGUGCCAGAAUCUUUACAAAAUCUGAUCCCGGCUGCCACACGUUUACUCGAUUUCAACCGAUCACUAAAUGUGUUACCUGAAUGGAUGGAUCCAGAUAAAUAUCACAGAGGACAAAAGUUUGUGCGCAGGCAUUAUUUCUCGAUUAUCUUGGCUAUUAUAUUGGGUUCUAUGUACAAUUACACGUUCGACGACUUCCUCAAACCAAUUAUCAUAGGAGGAAACAGUCAUACACCAUAUUUAGCAUUCAAAAGGUAUCUGAGUACGUUGAAACGGAUGCUCUUUUGGUAUGAUAGUGAACCUUGGAUUAAAAGUACAAGGGCCUACAAGGACAUGCAAAUUGCACACAGUAACCAUAUAAGAAUAAGCACAAAGGUUUCCCUGUUGGAUAACAAGCAA